UAAUUCUAACCAGCGCAAAUGCACAACUUAUGCAGGAUGCAAUAUCUAUGUCAGCUGAUGGUUGGAGGCCAAUAAUUGGAACAAGGAGACAGCCACCCGGUUUCCCAACGGAAAUAAAACCUCAGGAAAUUACUGAAUACAAAAACCCUAGUGAAACCGUAAAUGUUGACAUCGUAAAGGCUGAAACAAUAGAACCAUCUAGCACAAAUGCACCCCAAAAACUAUCGACUAGUAUAAAACCUCCUGACUCUACCAGUAACAAUAUCAACGGAGGCGGUGCUUAUAUGCAAGGUGAAAAAAUACCUCCUCACUCAAAAUUCACUUCUCCCGGUCCAUAUCAUACACUCCCGGCAAGUGUCCAUGGACCUCCAAUACCAAUUAGUGGAAGUCUUAACAAACCCGUUAAAUUUGGUCAAAUCAAAAAACGUCCUGCAAAUAAACCAUCCACUCCUUCCUAUUUUGGCCCUAAAAGGAAACCAAUAAGAGGCCAAAUGGUUGCUCACAGUACCCGCAAUGAGGUAUUUGUUAGACCACCAGCUUCUUUUCCAUUCAUUAAACAAGGGCAAACCAACAUAAAAACGAGAGAAACACAAGGAUUAGGACUACUGGGCUCCAAUCAUUUUGUAGUAAACCAGCCUAGUUAUAUAGAAUUUGCAAACAGAUUUGCUCUACCUCCAACUGAAGACAAUUUCCAAGUUAAAAAUCACCCCAUUACAUAUAUAUUUUCUAAACCCGGGAAUGAUCAGUAUCAAUUCACAAGCCAAAAUGAUGAGUACACCAGAAAUUUAGUUCCUCCUCCACCACUAGCAAUUUUUCAACAAGAUGCUAACAAAUUAAAACCAAUAAAAGUAAAUACAAACAUUAAUAAUGAAAAUGUAAUAGCGAGCACUGAACCAAUAAUAAAAUUAAGUGAUUUUGGAAGUAACAUACAGUUUGGCAGGAAACCGGUAGAAAUACAAGAAAACCUAGUACCACAGUUGCCACCACCAUUUGAACAAAACUUUGCUUUCCAAAAGCAAUUUAAUAAACCUAAAGAACAAACAGUAGACGUUCAAGUUACAAAAGAAAAAUUUAAAGUUUUUCACAGCAAUCAACCAGUAAAUUAUAAUACAAACGCACCAGAUUACAUCGAUUAUGACUUUCAUUCAUUAAAAAAACCAGUGCAAUAUCCGAAAUUGCAAACUUAUGAAGUUACAGAAGGAAAAUGGGUAGAUAAUCCUAACCCAUUCACUUUUACUAUUACAAAAUCUCAGCCGAUAGUGGCACAACCGUUAAGACAAUUAUCGACAGCAGUACCUCAACUAGUAACGGAACCCAUAGUGGAGCUAAAUGUGCCUCCAUUUUUACCAACUCCUUAUAAACCGCAAGGUGCAGUACCUACUUCUCCCACACAGGGCGAAGUAUCCACGAUCUUCUCACAAGUUAGCACAAAAAUGAACAGAUAUAAGAACGAAGCUCUUACAACAAAUCCAUUUUUCUUUGAUGUAAAAGAGGUUUCCACUCAUUAUCCCAUACUGGGAAAACCGGAACUCAAGCCAGAAUCUCCAACAAACAAUCCUCUGCCAAUGGAUUCAAAUGGUGAAAUAUCAAAUGAAAUUACCACCAUGACACCUAUGACAAAACCACCACAACAAAACAAAUCUAGACGUAGGAGACCUAGACCUAGAAGGCCCUCAACUACUACUACUACUACAACUACAGAAGAACCAGUACCGACUGAGAAUUAUAACCUACAGAAGAUUGAAGAGCUCUUUGAAGGUGUAUCAAUCGAAACUGAAAAACCACAAAUAAGAAGGAGACCAAGGCCUAAUCGCUAUAGAACCAACAAUAUAGAAGAUCGUCCUACUAGAUAUAGAACUACUACACCUCCCAGUGAAACCGAAGAGAGUAAUGAAAAGCAAAUUAGAACAAGAAAUCGUUCUAGAAACAGAGGCAACAUCGCUACAUCUGAAAAUCGCAACACAUUUACUCGCAAACGAAUCCGACCGACUACUACAGACAUGCCACCUAAUCACAAGGUGAUGGAAUAUGAUGCAUCACUGCAAUCUACUGAAUCGUCAGAACCCUAUAUUGAACAGGUACAGUCUGUGGAGCGUGAGACUCAGGGCUUAUUUGAAACUAAAUAUCCCCAAGAGAAUGCCCAAAGUUCCGACACAAAACCUAACAGAGUGGAGUAUGAGUCACCUAACAGGCAUCUCGAACCUGUACAAUAUGAAGAUGAGAGCAAAUAUGAAACAACUAUAGUGAGUAACGAUUUGAGCUCCAUAAGGAAGCCUAAUUACGAAGAAACUGAGGAGGAAGAAACUGAAAGGAUGCAAAUCUAUGAAAGGACUCGACCCUCUAUUAGUGAUUCUACUGAACAAGACACCACUGCAAAUAUCCAUCUUCCAGAGAACGAAAUAGAUUAUUCUACUUCGGUUCCCAUCAUGGAACUAAUAGAGGAAAGAAUUCAAACAACUAUAGCAACUACCAUGCCCACCACAACACCUGAAGCAACAACCACAAAGUCACAUAGAAUUAGAGGUAGACCUAUAAAAAGUCGACCUAGGUUUAGUGUGAAAGAUUAUCGCCAAAGACUUAAUCAGUAUACUUCAACUACCCCAUCUACAACUACAGAUUUUGUUAAAACGACAUCUGAAGGAGGACUACGAUUGAGAUUCCCAAGUCGAUUAAGGUCAAGACCACCAUCGAAAACAACAACAACGACGACGGAAAGCUAUGAUCCAGAUGAAGAAGAACAAACUGAACCAAUCAGGAGAGGCAGUUUUAAACCCAAAGAACCUAGACAUGGGACUACAACAGAAAGUACGCAAAACAACAUAAUUACAGAGAAAUAUGUUAAAUCUGUCAAUACCAGGUUAAGACCGUUUGGUCGGUACAGAUCCACCACUGAACCUUCUUCUGUAUCUCAAAAAGUAUCCAUCAAACCUAACUUAUUCUCUGUAAGGAGAAGACCACCGCAGCUUAGUUUACGUAAUAGAAUACAGAACAAAAAUAACACGAACACAAUAGAAGACCCCACAACUAUAGAAACUGAGACUGAAAAUACAGAAUCUGUUACUGCACCAACAACAGAACCAGAAUUUGAAAAUGUUUCUACAGAAUCAAGUACUGUAAAAAUUAAAAUGGAACCUACUACUGAAAUUGUCGAGACAACUACAGCUAAUUUAAAUGAGGAUGACUACAUCCAGAGGGUGUCUGAUCUUACUUCGUCAUUUAAAAAUGAAUACGAAACACCAGGACUCUUCAAAUCAGUUUCACCAAAUAGUAGAAGAAUUCCUAGUUAUUUCACGAUCUCUACAGAUGAUCCGAUCCUUCCAAUAGAAGCAUUUUUCCCCAACCUCAAGGAUAAGGAACAAGAAUAGGUAACACAAUUUUAUAAAUACCUGCAACAAUUGAUUCUGGUGCAAAAUUAAAAAAUUUAACUUUGGGACUGACAACAAUUUGACUUUUAUAAGCAUCUUGUAGUAAACGUGGAAUGUUAUAAAAUCGUUUAGGUGAUAGAAUUGUAAAACCUAUGUCGAGAAUGAAGGUGAUAUAUGCAAGGAAAAUAAUUAUAUAUCUACAGGAUGUAAAUGAUGUAUAUGGUUUUUAGAAACUACGAUCUUAGGUCAUUCAGAUGAAUCACUAAUAGUUGUUCUUGGAUUUUAACAAAGUGCUCUGGUCACAGUUUUCAACAGUCGGAAUCCAGAGAUAGAAUGUAAAAAUUAAACUCACAAUAUACAAUUAAGAUCUGAGGAACUAUCUUUUUUCAAAUAUUUUUUAGCAGAAACUUUUUAAACGAUAAGAUCAAUGAUUCUUCUGAUCAGAGUGACAUGAUCACAGUUUCAAAGAGCCUAUAGUGUAACAGACUUUGACGAUAAGUAGUAUUGCCUAAAAUCAAGGUUCCUACAUCUACUUUUUUGUCUUUGAAAAGCUUUAGUGGUGUUUUCAAUUACUAAGCUCCAAAAUCGGAGACUUUCCUAAUUCUUUUCUAAUCUUUCACUCAUCCCAUACUUAUUCACAUUCACAAAAAUUACACAUGCUUACCUAAUGGGAUUAAAAUAAAUUAAAGUAUAAUCUUUAAUAAGAUUUAUGUUUAGUACAAGAUAAAUUUAGGUAUAACUUGAGGGAAAUAAUCUCUGUAUUCGGUGCUAAAAGUAUUAAAUGAUUUUUUUAAGCAGUCAUCAUUGCAAUAU